GCUAAGGCGAGAGAAGAAAGGAGUUAGUGCGUGUUGAGAGAGCGGGUACUGCGAACUGCCUUACUAUGCUGUAGCCCCAAUCCCCCUACACUAUACGGAAUCAAAACGUGCAACUUAGGUUUCAUCUUGUUUACAAAGAUAGCUAAAAACACUGCUGAGCGGGGAAGGCGAGCCUCAUGAGUCGGCCUCGUGGAUUGCAUCGACAUAAUGGAUUUAACUAAAAUGGGUAUGAUCCAGCUCCAGAACCCCAACCACCCCACUGCCCUGCUGCAGAAGGCCAACCAGAUGCGUCUGGCUGGGACUCUGUGUGACGUGGUCAUCAUGGUAGACAGCCAGGAGUUCCACGCUCACCGGACUGUGCUAGCCUGCACCAGCAAAAUGUUUGAGAUCCUCUUCCACCGCAGCAGCCAGCAUUACACCCUGGACUUUCUUUCACCAAAGACUUUUCAGCAGAUUUUGGAGUAUGCUUACACUGCCACGCUACAGGCCAAGGUAGAGGACUUAGAUGACCUUCUGUAUGCAGCAGAGAUCCUGGAAAUUGAAUAUUUGGAAGAGCAAUGCCUCAAGAUUCUGGAAACAAUCCAGUCCUCAGAUGAGAAUGAUGUGGAGGUCAGUGUUAAUGAUGGGAGCACAGAGGAGGAUGACGAGCGCAAAGGCCACAAUGGAGCCAAGAACUCUAAACAGCAUUCCAUGGGGAGUCCCUAUCUGUCAGGUACCCAACAAGUCUCCAUGUCUGGCAUGGUGGACCAGAGUCCCUCGGUCUCAACCUCCUUCAGUGUCUCCACCCUGAGUCCCACCAAAGCUGCUGUGGACAGCCUGAUGAGCAUUGGCCAGUCUCUGCUCCAGCAGGGCUUUGGUGGUGAACAACUUGUCCAUGGCAACUCCCACCACCUGAUGACCGAGAUCAAGACUGAAAUGAUGCAAGUGGACAUGGGUGGCAAUGGCCAUGACAGCCCUCAGAACAUGGAGUCCAGCGCCUCCAGCAACGGAGAGCGAAGUGGGGAGGACAGGAACCGAGAUGGCCCCGGAACACCAACCAGGAGCAGCGUAAUCACCAGUGCCCGUGAGCUGCAUUACGUCCGUGAUGAAGGCAUGGGUGACCAUCAAGCUGAAGUCAGCCAGAUGGGGCUGGAAGCAAUGGCUGGAAUGACAGAGAAGCACCUGGCCUCGCUGUACGCCCUGCCUGUCAAUCAUAAAUCAGAUACCAUCAUGUCCAUGCCGGCAUCUAUGGCCUCCGCUCUCCCCAUGUCCCCUGCCCUGGCUAUGUCUAUGGACUUCAGUGCCUACGGGGGACUCCUGCCUCAGAGCUUCAUCCAGAGAGAAUUCUUCAGCAAGCUCGGGGAGCUGGCAGUGGGCAUGAAACCAGACGGCAGGAACCAGCAUGAACGUUGCAAUGUUUGCAAUGCAGAGUUGCCAGAUAACGAAGCUGUGGAGCAGCACAGGAAGAUGCACAGUGGAAUGAAGACCUACGGCUGUGAGCUGUGUGGGAAGAGCUUCCUGGACAGCCUCCGUCUACGGAUGCAUUUGCUCUCUCAUUCAGCUGGUGAGAAGGCCAUAGUUUGUGACCAGUGUGGCGCCCAGUUCCAGACAGAGGAAUCCCUGGAGGCUCACCGACAGAUCCACACCGGGUCGGACAUGGCCAUCUUUUGCCUGCUUUGUGGGAAGCGCUUCCAGACCCAGACAGCAUUGCAGCAGCACAUGGAAGUCCACGCCGGCGUUCGCAGCUACAUUUGCAGUGAAUGCAAUCGGACUUUCCCCAGCCAUACUGCACUCAAGCGUCACCUACGCUCGCACACAGCAGGGGACCACCCAUUUGAAUGCGAGUUCUGCGGGAGCUGCUUCCGAGAUGAGAGCACGCUGAAGGGCCACAAACGCAUCCACACCGGGGAGAAGCCCUAUGAAUGUAACGGCUGUGGGAAGAAGUUCAGCCUCAAGCACCAGCUGGAAACCCACUACCGUGUGCACACAGGUGAGAAGCCAUUCGAGUGCAAGCUGUGCCACCAGCGAUCCAGGGACUACUCGGCCAUGAUCAAGCACCUGCGCACCCACAAUGGCGCCUCGCCCUACCAAUGCACCAUCUGCCUGGAGUACUGCCCGAGCCUGUCAGCCAUGCAGAAGCACAUGAAAGGCCACAAGCCUGAAGACAUCCCCCCAGACUGGCGCAUAGAGAAGACCUACCUAUACCUCUGCUAUGUCUGAGACCGGGAGAGUGAAGAGAGGGAGGGUACGUGAGAGGGUGGGGACGGGGUUGAGAGGUAAGGGGAAUGUAAUUGAGCGGAUAGGAGUCAUGAAGCUGUAGUGGAGUGUUGACGAUUGAGGAACGUCAGCAGCGAGACACUCGAAGGCAAGAGGGUUUGUUUUCUCUUUUUCUUUUCAUGCAAAGGCGGCGACAACCGACGGGGUUAAAGGGUGGUGAUGGUGGGACAAAAGUGCUAAGAAGAGGAAGACUUGGACACGGAGAGAGAUUCUCCACCAUUGUUCGGAUUCACCGGGUCAUUCACUACAUCUGCAACUGUGUUAUUGUUUCAGGUCAUUUCAUGCAGCGCCAUAAAGUGAGCAAGCUGCAAGGAAGUGACUUUUUGGAUGCUGCUGCCACAGUGGUGAGAAAGCAGAUUCUCAAGGGCUAUCUGAAGCUGCACAUCUAUACCAUCAGGAACCGAAUCUUUCACUCCGUUUUUUUUAGAGUCCAUUGUCUUAUGAAACAGGUGGAAAGAUUUUUUUUUUUUGUUAUACUUUGGUAUUUGGUGUGUUUACAUUCAGACUGCUCAAUCAUGCCAGGUAGAAUCACAUGAAAGAAUAUGUGAAUAUGAGCAUUGGUUUAGGCCCCCAGUUCAUCAUGUCACGGUCUGCUUUCCAAGUAUUAAGGACCUUCUUUCUUUUUACCAUAAAUCUACAUUUCUAGUUAUUAUGAACCACAAGAAAUUUAUCUUGGACUGACAUAUUUUUUUCAACAGUUUCAUCAAAUCAUGUGAAUUUAAGAGACGAACACUCCAGAGUUUGAAUCAGCUACUUUGGGUGAACAUGCCCCUCACCUUUCCCAGAUGGGAAAUGUAUCUGUUUUAUCACCUCCCAUCACUUAUGCCAGAGCAGCAGGCACAGAUUUCCCAGUUGUUUUUUUUUUUUACAGAAAUCGACCAGUCGACCUGUCCAUACAUUGAAUCCUUCAGAUCCCAGCAUGUGGCAGUAAGAUAGCCCCUGAGAAUCAGCAGCAGAGCCUGUAGGCUUAUGCAGUAGAUGAAACAGCUGAACUGGACGGGUCGGAGCAUUAAAAUACUGCAAACCAAGCGCCCAUUUGGUUGCGAGGGGGGAAGACGCUAGUGCUGCUUUUAGUUGGAUGUCUCCACGGUUUUCUCAGUAGUCUUCCUGGUUCUGCAUCACACGAGGGCUGGAGAAGGUCGAGUCACCACUGCCCCCUCCCCCCACGGUUCUCCCCCAGAGAGCCAAAGGCUAACUUGCGUCACUUUUUCAUCUUAUAUAUUAUUUUGUUUUUUGCUCUGCAUCAUAGUUUAUCAUGGCUUGAUUGCACAGGUAAAACCAAUUACGACAACAGUUUCUGUUUGAUGUCUGCAAGGUAUAUAUUUUUUCAUUAAAUCAUAACUCGCAAUUACAAUACACCACAAUAAACCCAACCUACUCGCCUACAUAGCAAUAGAUAACUGGACUGCUUUUAUCCAUGUACAUUUAACCAGAUUACUAUCAUUAUCUCACACUAAUGAUGAACUACAGAAACUGACACAUAAACAGUAACACUUUGAUCACAGCAGAUCUGUCCAUUCACCACAGUGAUGGAACACAAAAUGGGAAAAGGCUGCUUUCCGUGGGAGUCCUGUGACUUUGACUGCUAGUAGUGAAUGUUGAAGAAGUGCUGGGAAUGCCUUAGCUGCACACCUUAACAUCUCUGUCAAAGGUGGCGUGGCAGGUUGAAGACUGUUAUAUCGCUGCAAAAACAUGAAUGUGAACGACUGUAAGCCAGGUUCAUGCGAGGCUGUGUCAAAACACACACUGUACCAGGUUAAUGCUGCCUUUCAUUCAAAGUCAGAAACCUAUAAUUCCAGCCUUGGAGGUUGUGAUUACUCUUGGAGGAUUUUUUUCCAUCUGGAUCACAAUCACAUGCUGUUCCCCGUGCAGCAGCUCAUACAUUAACUAGCCAGCUAGCAGCUGAAAAAAUUUUAUUUUACACUUGAAAUUAAUAUGUGUCAUCAUUCAGGUGUUAUGAUAGAUUGGACGGAUCUAUAACAAGAGUUGAAACAGACCACACAUUGGGGUGAUGAGGUCAUGCGGUCUUCAGAUUCAAACUUUAGGCGCCACAGGGCCCCAAAAACCCAAAACCUUUGUUUGGGAAUAUAGACCACUGAAGCAGAAAAUCAGCUGAUGGACCUUAAGGAAGGGCCUGUGUUAUCUUAUAGUGAUAUUACAGAUUUUGUGUUUUAAUGGUUCAUAUUCUCAGAUAUAUUUGCACUGAAUGAAAUUUCCACCAGGACUUUAAACAAAAUGCAAUUAAGAUGCUGCGUGUACUCUGCUGUUUGUAUCGGAUGUGUGUGUGCAUCACCGCUCAGAGAGGGGAAGGAAACAGUGGUUAGUAGGGGCCCUCAGCAUAAUGUUAAAAGUCAGCUUCUUGGAAAAACCGUCAUCUUGAAGAUCUGAAUAUUCUGCAUACAGCUCAAACUGAAGGGCUUGUUUUGUUGGGUAGGAUGUAAGGAUUUCUGACUUUCUGAUGUUUCUGAAAUGCAGCAUUAGCCCUGGAUUGGUAUGCACAGCCACAGGUGUUAAGGUCGAACCGAAGGCUUUAAUGAACAUCAGCGCAUGUGACAGCGUUACCGAGGUGAUCACAUAUCCAAAUGGCCGGUGGAAAAGGGGGAAAUCACUGAUUGGACGAGAUAUGGCCCAGCAGCUUAGGGGGCAACCAGUAAGACGACAGAAUAAAUCAACUCUUUCUCUGUGGUUUUGUCCCUGCGCUUUGUCUCUCUCGUCUCCUGUUGUUGUUGUUGUUGUUGUUGUUGUUAUUAUUGACCUUGAGUUUGAUCUCAACACAUCGUACUUGAAUUACCUCGUUUUGUGACCUCAUGUUGCUUGUGUAUUUUAAUUUUCCUUUUUGUUUCAUUUGUACACUUUUUUUUGUUUUUUGUUCAUGAGUGUAUGUCGGAAAGAUGCAUCGCACAACAUGAUGAGGCAAUGCAUACGCAGAAAAAUUAAGUGCCACGGUGAAGAGAUUUGUUUGUUUUCUAAUGUUGUGUAUUUCUUUGUGCAUUACUUGUUACCAAACUUGGUAUUAUUAACCCCGCUUGUUAAAGAGCCGGAAGGUUUGGUCAUUUGUUUAAAAAGCUACCUCUAAGUUGUUUUCUUUUUUUUUUUUUUUUUCCUUUUUAGGCAAAAGCACAUUUUUGUGUUUGUGUUUUGCAUUAUUUCAUCAUUGCUACUUCAUCUCAUGCUUUUUUUUUUCAAAAGUUGAUUUAUGAUUGUCUGUUUUUAAGCAAAAUGUAUAUAAAAGGGUAAGAAAUAACAAAAGUAGAGGUUGAUAGGAUGAGAAAAGUCAUUCAAAUGGGUGUUUAUUCUUCUCUUAUAGUCUCCCCCUGCACCUCCAAACACAGAAGAGCAGAGAAAAAAAAAAGCAAUUUUGAAGCCUUAAGUGAUGAGUAAGAGGGAUGCAGCAGAUAAGAGAAAGUACUAUUGCUUUUUAAGAGGGUUUAAAAACAAGAAUUUAAACUUGAAAAUAUGUGAAUAGAAUUGUAGUUUUGUAAUGUGAAAAAAAAAAAAAAGAAGGUUCAUCAAAAACGCUGAACCACCCAGGACAGGUCAUAUUUGCAGUGAUGCAGAGUGCGUUGGACAAUUGGAACUGCAAGUGGUAAUCAAAAAAGAAAAACCAGAAGGUUAAAAAUAGAGAUUCUCUCAGCUGACAAGCUCUCUUGAGAAAUGAGUGUAUUCCUGAACAAGAGCCAACAGAGGCAAUUUGAUAUAUAAAAAUUGUGAUAUUUUUGUAUUCAGUGUCAGUCCUUUUUCCAUUUGUGGAGGGUUACAGCAGGGCACAAAUAUUUGUAUUUCUUUUUUUUUUUUUUACCUGUUUUUUUUUCUCUCUCUGGGUGUGAAUCAUUUUUGCCUUGCUCCUCUUUGAUAUUGUUGGACAAAAAAAAAAAAAAAAAAAAAACGUGUGUGAACAUAUUGUAAUAAUAAGUGUUGCUUUCUGGAUGUCAAAUUGCAUUGUAGGUGAAGGACUAAAUCUAUCUGCCACAAAUUUUACGAGUGUGUGUGUAUGUGACACAGUUUAAAAAAAAAAAAAAAAAAGGAAAAAAAAGAAAAAAAAAUAUGAUAAAAUACGGGACGGCAGGAGGGCGCUGCCAAACCGACCAAUUAGUACUUGUCAUUCACAAUUUUUCAAUCAAACUUGACUGUCAACAUAUUUCUUGUUUUGUUUUUGUACUUGAAAAAAAAAAAAGAAGAAGGGAUGGCAUGUCCCGUGGUG